AUAGGCAAGCCUCCUCUCUCUCCUCUCUCGUGAGCCCUCUCCCCCCACGACUCCUCGCUGCCGCCGCCGCCGCCGCCGCCGCCACUCACGCCGGCCGAUUCCGCCGAGUGCUGACGGCGGGUGGCAGACUGACGACCUCCCCUCGCUCUGCUCCUUCCUCCCAUCCCUCCAGAUUCGGCCUCCCGCGCUCGCUGCCCGCCCUCAGCCAUGGUUAGGGUUUCGGGCACGGCGUCCCCUUCGUCGCCGGCGAGGCUCUGGCGGCCUGCGGUGGCUCGUCCCGCCCACGUGUAGCUCCGCCUCAUGGACGUUCCUCCCACGCCCGAUGGCCACGGGUGGUCGUGGCGGCGGCCUCUUCAGCGGCGUCGCCGGACUAGCUCCACGCACGGGGAAGGCAUCUCCAUGGGUUCCCCAAGGUGAGUGCGAUGCCGAGGAGAGACGGCGUCGAGGACGGCAUCCGAGGACAUCAUCACUCUCAACUCGAGUUGCUCCCCCACCGUCCCGCCGCCGGCUGCUGCUCCCGCCCCCCUUCCCAUCUCCUCUCCGGUCGCCGGGAAAUGGCUACACCACGAGCUCCACCGCCUCAACGUCCCCGACCACCAGGCCUACUGCAUCCGAAUUUAUUGUUCCGUACUGGAAAUUCCUGAAGAGCUUGAAUCGUCCAUUUUGUAUUGGAAUGAGAUUUAAGAUUCAGUACAGGAGUCAAGAUGUUAAUGAGAGGCGAUCUAGAAUGAUUACAGGUAUUAAUGAAGUAGACCCUAUUAGGUGGACUGGUUCAAAAUGGAAAAGCCUGCUGGUAAGAUGGGAGGAUGGCACAGACUGUAACAGCCAAAAUAGACCAUCUCCAUGGGAGAUCGAGAUAGUUGGUGGCUCAGUCUCCAUUUCCCAGUUUCUGUCAAAAUCCAGUUCUAAAGGAACUAAACUGUGCCCUCGGGGCAAUUUAGACGUCUCAAAGUAAAGCAACUCGAGUUGCGGUGGUGGUCGGCAACUCCAUCACCGUCUUCCUUGGCAGGAGCAUCCCCCGCUGCUGCUCGCCGUCCGUCCAUGGCAUCGGCGUUCGUCUCCUUCUCACCUUCUGUGCUCUCUUCCCAUCCCGCCUCCCACUGCCGCCAUCACUGCUCGAGGAUGCCCCGUGGAUUUGGAAUUUUCACAAUCGGUACACAGUAAAGUACUUUUGGAUUGGCCGGGCGGUGAGUUGCAGUGCUGCUAGCUCGUCGACGACGGCUACGACGCCAUCUGUGGCGUCCCUUGGUUCUCUCUCCCCGGCAGUGACCAUCUUGACGUCCUCCUCUUCCCCUCCCUUAAUUUCUAUGGUUUUGAAGUUGGUUCAGUAAUUGAUUCACGGUCCAUGAGUUUAGAUAAAACAACAGACGGCGGCAGAAAUAGCCGUUCCACGACGAAUCUCUGAUGAGAGGGCCAGCAAAAGGUGAUUGAUCAA